AUGACUUCCCGUGUCACAGUUCAACAGGUUAUGGGCCGCACUUCGGCUUAUAUUAAUCUUACUUCCUCUGAAAAACUCACUCCUCUCAACUAUCAUGUCUGGGCUACCAAAAUUCUUUUGGGUCUUCGUGCUAUGAAUAAUGGUGUCCACCUUUAUGUCGAAGCUGGUACUGUCAAUCCAGCUGCCAAUGAAUCCCUUGAAGACCUCACCGCCUCGCUUGAUACCGUCGUCCAUGAUGUCAUCCUCAACAAUAUUUCUCCUGAGUUGAUCGAACAUUCAACUCCAACCCGCCGAUGUCAUCUCACUUAUGAAAUCCUCUAUGCUGGCAAUAUUGAUGUUGGUCCAAAGUUUGUUUCUUCUGUUCGUUCAUAUGUUGCUACCUGGCGUUCCAUCUACCAAUCAUUGUCGCCUGAUUCGGUCAUGGCCUUCAACGCUUUGGCUUCAAUGGGUCCCAAUUGUGAGCGCUUCAUCCAGUAUGCCUUGGAGCACCGCUUUGAUAGUAACAACAAUACUGACAACCUUGAUAUUAACAACUUCAUCCGGAACACUGAUAAAUGGGCCAAGUUGUUGAAGAUUACUGGACCCCCUGCUACUCUUUCGACUGAAGCGUUCGUUGCUUCAUCAAAGAAGUACAAUAACAAAUCUAAGGGUGAUGGUAUCAAAUGUUUCCGUUGUAAGAGGCGUGGUCAUACUUCCAACAAUUGUCAUGUCUCUUGGGAAGAGGUUCAGGCUGCUCGCCAAGAUAAUAAGGAUGACAAGGAAUCUAAGGAGGCUAAAACCUCAAGAGGUUGGUUUGCUGAGACUAUUGAUGAAUUUUCUGAGAUAGUUGAUGAUUGUUGA